AUGGUCGCUUUUGUGGAGGCUCCAAUAGAUGGCCCAACCCGCCCGGACGAAUCCAGUAGCCAGGUGCAAGGAUGGGCAGAUCUCUUCCAGGACAGUACGUAUGAAGAUAUUGCGACCAUCAGCAAAACCCGCGUGGGCAAUGACUUCAUGGGCUGGACAUCGAUGUACGACGGGAAGGAGAUCAACAAGGUUGAGAUGCAGGAGUGGCUUGACGACACUAUACAGACUGUGCUCGAUGGCCAGGAACCGGGCCACGUCUUGGAGAUAGGCACUGGGUCUGGCAUGGUUCUGUUCAACCUUGGACAAGGACUAAAAAGCUAUGUUGGCCUCGAGCCAUCGCGGUCAGCCGCUGCAUUCGUUAGUGACGUGGUUCAGUCGACCCCUACCCUAGCCGGCAAGGUUGAAGUACAUGUUGGUACGGCAACAGAUGUUGGCACACUUGAUGGGCUCCACCCUAACCUGGUUGUGAUUAACUCUGUGGCCCAGUACUUCCCUACCCCAGAGUACUUAGUUGAAGUGGUGGAGGCCCUUACUCAGCUGCCGGGUGUACAACGUCUCUUCUUUGGAGAUAUACGAUCAUUCGCCCUCAACAGAACCUUCCUUGCAUCGAGAGCAAUCCGUAUACUUGGGGAGCAGGCAACAAGGGAUGAGGUCCGACGCAAGAUGUCAGAAAUAGGAGAGCAGGAGGAGGAGCUGCUGGUUGAUCCGGCUUUCUUCACCGGGUUAAUGAAGCGGCUACCGGACCGGGUCAAACAUGUUGAGAUUCUACCGAAGAAGAUGAGGGCUACGAACGAGCUGAGCUCAUACCGGUAUGCGGCUGUUGUCCACCUAUUUGAUCUAUCAGAGCAGUCCGAGGAGCAGACGCUACCCGUGCAUUCGAUCGCCUCUGACGCUUGGAUUGACUUCAACAUCUCCCAGAUGGAUCGCCAUGCCCUGAUUGACCUGCUACACAGCUCAAAAGAUGUGCUAGCGGUCGCUAUCAGCAAUAUCCCGUAUCGAAAGACGGCCCUAGAGCAACAUGUAAUCCAGUUCCUUGAUGAUUACAACAAUGACAACACCGACUCUGACACCGGUGCCCGCGCUAAUCUCAACGACAGCGUAGGUUCACAGGACGGAACCACGUGGAUCUCAGAUAUCCGGCGCAAGACACAAUACGGGCGCUCACUGUCAGCAACCGAGCUUGUCCAGGUCGGAGAGGAGGCAGGAUUCCGCGUGGAGAUCAGCUGGGCACGACAGCGGUCGCAAAAUGGGGCACUAGAUGCUGUCUUCCACCGCUUCCAGCAACCAGAUAAAGGAGGCCGUGUGCUAAUUCAAUUUCCGACAGAGGAUCAGGGCCUCUUGGUGGAUUCGCUCAUGAAUCGCCCGCUACAACGGCUACAGAGUCGACUGCUUGAGGGAGGUAUCCGCGCUGCACUACGGGCCAUGCUACCCUCAUACAUGGUGCCGACCCGGAUUGUGGUGCUUGAUCGACUGCCUGUCAAUCCCAGAGCAACCCCACCUCGGUCCACGUGGCCCCGCGAAACGACCUAG